AUGGACCAAAAUCUGCAGAAGUUCAUCGCCAAGGUCAAGGAUGACCCCAGCAUGCCAAUUGGCACCAAGUGGAUGCAGAUCCAGCAGAAGCUCCAAGAGAAUGGCUUGAUGUACCAGCAGACCUUGAAGCCCACCCAGCUCUUGGUCCAUCCACUCAAUAGAGGUGGUGCCGUGCUGCCCCACUAUGAUUGCCACCACAAAGGGGCCAACAUAUUGGCCAUUGGACCAGAUCUGAACAAGAUCCAAGCCAGUGUGGCCAUAGAAGUGUCCAACCAGAUGGCCAAGAAGAAAAGCCAAAUUGCUGCCAAUGAAGCCAUUGUGCAUGCAUCAGAAGGCACUUUGUGCCCACCAAGUGGCCAGGAAAGGUUUCUCAGCUUGGGUAGUAGCCAUUUGAGCCAAUUUUGCAAGGCUGUGCUCCAUGGCUGCACCACCUUGAAUGAGGAACUGGCUGCCAUCGCCCACAAUGGCAACCUCCACUAUGCCCACACCAAAGACUUGAAGAAGGCUUUGCAGCUUGCAGAGAGCACCAAACCCAAGUGCAUGCCUUAUAUUGCUGCCAUUGCUCACUAUGUCCAGAAAUAUAGUGGUGGCACCAACUCUGACACCAUUCAUGUGCUGGGCCAUGUGAGCAAAGCCUUCACCAACACAAUGACCAUUGGGGAAGAUUUCAUGACCACCAUUGCCUUCAUUGAUUUCAAGGAGAAGUCCAGCAGUUUUCCAUGGGUCAGAGCUGGCCUUUUAGCUGCCAACCUUCAAAGUCCAAUUUGUAAGGAUGGCAUAGGCAAGUUGCUUCUCAAAACUGAUGUUGAGAAGCUCAAGGCACCAGCCAUGAGAGCCAAUUUGGCAAGCUGUGAAGCCAACUUGGCCCAUGGAUACACCAUUGUCCAGAAGCAUGGCCUCCAUGCCACCAGAGAUGGAAGAAAUCUCUUUGCCAGGUUUUUGGUCAGGUCCAUACUCUAUCUCACCAAGAAGCAGCACAAGUCCAGGGAUGAGAUUCAAUUUGAAAAUUUGGGUGAGAUCAGCAGCACAUUUUCCCAAGAGCUUCAUGAUCUUCUCAAUGGCACCAACACUGCAGCUCCCAGCUCUUCUUCCACUGCAGAGCAAGAGGUGCCAGAGUCUUUCCAGGAGAGCAGUGAUGCCAAGUUGACUGCCAAAAGGAAAUGGGGCCUGGAAGAGAACACCUUUUACCACAGGAAAGGUGGUUUGAAGCAUUGGCAAUUCAAAUCCAUCACUGACACAGUUGCCACAUUUGUGCACAUGCCAUUGUUUCCACCCAAAGAUGGCCAACCAUGGAAGAUGGAGGUAGAAUUGGAUGAAUUGAAAGAUGUCAAGAAGGCUGCCACUGAGCCACCACAGUUGCUUCUGAGCCAAGCCAUGCAAGACCUUUUGCCAGAAAGCUUGGGCAGUUUCCACCAAGAGAAGUUGAAGGCAAAAGCCACCAUUGCCAUGACCCAGCUGUACCAUGAGAACCUGUUGCCAGAAGGUUCAGUGGUAGUUGCAGAAAGGUCUUUUGGUGCCUUUGCCAACAAGACCUUUGCCAAGGGCAAGCUGAAGAUUUUCCCCAUGGGCCAACUAGCCCAUGUGAAAGAAGUGAAAGCCAACAUGACUUUGGUUCAUUGCCCAGAUGAUUUCAAGUUCCAGAUCAUUCCACCAAAGGUGGGCUUAGAAAAGAAAACAGGUAUUUUGGUGCCAUUUUUUCAUUUGGUGAAAAGCCCAGGUGGCAACAUGGAGGUCCACAUGGCCAAGACAGAGAAUGGCUUCCAAGUUCCAAUUCUCAGGAACAAUGCCAAAGUUGAGCAAGGAACAUUUUUGACAAUCCUUUGCUCAGAAGAAGAAAUGGCCAGCAAGAAUGGGGCCAAGAAGGCCAAAACCUCUUGA